CUCUCUGGAGACCAACAAGUAAACAAAAAGAGCGUUACCUCCACGCGACCACCACCAACGAGAAAGAAAGAAAGACCCUUCCUUUUUUUAAAUAUUCAAUCGCCCACCGUUUUCUCAUUCACCUAGUCAGUGAGAGAUAGAGAGAUAGUAGAGAGAGAGAGAGAGAUGCAGUCGCUGCAGGAGAAGGCAUCGGCAUGGAGCGGCGUGGAUCAGGCUGACGCGUUCGCCAUAGACGAGUCCAAUCUGUUCGAAAAGCUCGGUCUUCAGAGCUUCAUCAACCUCUCCACCAACUUCUACACCAGGGUAUAUGAUGAUGAAGAAGAAGAAUGGUUUCGAUCCAUGUUUGCUAACUCUAAGAAAGAAGAUGCCAUUCAGAACCAAUAUGAGUUCUUUGUUCAGCGUAUGGGAGGCCCUCCUCUCUAUUCUCAAAGGAAAGGUCACCCUGCUCUGAUUGGUCGUCACCGUCCAUUUCCGGUGACUCAUGAAGCUGCAGAGAGAUGGCUGCAGCAUAUGCAAAAUGCUAUGGACGAGUCGGUUGACAUUGACCAGGACUCUAAAGUCAAAAUGAUGAAUUUCUUCAGGCACACUGCCUUCUUCCUUGUGGCUGGAAACGAGUUGCAGAAUCAGAAUCAGAAUCAGAACAACCAAGUUGCGUGUAAACACGCUGCCACCAAACCAGCACAAGAGUAAUUUAACAACAGCAUUCUUGUUUGUUAUAUUUUUACCGUUUCAUUCAAAAAGUACACAGACUCGAGGAAUAUUGGUCGUUCUUCCAAAAGCUAUGCAAGAGAUGUAGGACUGGUCUCGGCUCUUAAUGCGAUAUAUCACUCUUCUAUAGAUGGAAUGACACAUUAUAAGAUUCGAAUAAAGAUGUAUUACAAGUUUUACUUC